UACUUUUAUUUUCCUUUUUCACAACACAAUUUCAUUUUUUUUUUCUCUCUAUUUCUGAACGGCCACUUUUUAUUUCUCUUCCUCUCCUUCUCCUCCCUUACCCUAACCCUAAUCCUACCUUUUUCCCCUAUCAAUUCCAAAUCUUCAAUUUCCAUUCCACAAUGAUUCCCCAAUUUCAAACUCAAACUCCUUCACCGGAACCUCCCCGUCGCUCCUCCGAAUCUCAUUCAACCAAAACCAUGGCGGCGGCUUCCGCGUCUACAGCUGCGACCCCUUUCGGGAGCCACUGCUACUUCGCUGGCGGCGGAAUCGGUCAGGUCGAGAUGCUCUUCCACGACAACAUAAUGGCGCUCGUCGGUGGCUGAUCUUUACCUCAGUUCCCUCCAAACAAGGUCAUGGUCUGGGAUGACCACCAGGGAAGGUGCUCGGCGAGCUCUCAUUCUGAACCGUCCUUCGCGGUGUUCAUCUCUGCCGGGACCGGUGGGCCAUCUGCUAGGUACACUGGAAGAUCUGAUUCAUCUCCUUUGCCAUUUGCUUACAAUAGGUGUUGUUGCUAUUUGAGCAGGAAGUCUCUCGCUUGAUUUGUGUAAUCAGCUUCUUGUUAAUGCAAGGCAAGUUUAUGGUGGAACCCACAGGCAAAAAUAAGAUCCAAAAUACAACUAUUUGGGAUGAUCUGGAAUCUCUUGUUUAUGUGCUCAUGUACUUCUUAAGAGGAAGUCUUCCUUGGCAGGGACUGAAGGCUGGCUCCAAAAAGCAAAAAUAUCACUCACGCCCCUCCGACUCCGACAAAGAUCGAUCCCUCCGCAUCUCCUCCCUCAGGUCAGCUUCGGUUAGGCUUAUUGAUGCGAAUCAGAACAUGGUCGGAGUUGUGUCUAAGAUUCAGGCACUUCAAAUGGCUCAAGAUGCUGAACUUGACUUGCUGAGAACGCCGCUUGUUUGUUUUGGAUUUUGUCUUUGACUGAUCAUCUUGGAAUGCGUAAAAAUCCACCAGUACUGGCCGUGUCUUGCAACUGAGAACUGCAAAUCAACUUCUGACAAAUCUCAGUGAUCUCCCCUAUUAUGCUUCUUCCUUGCUGCUGUUCUCGGAAGAGGGUGAGUUGAAAAGGUACUCCAUUCAUUAAGACAAGAGUGGGAGAUCAAAGGGAACAAUAGAAAUUUUUUUGGAAACAGUUUAAUCAUCAAAUCACAACAAAGAUGCAAAGGCGCAUCUAUGGCCAUGCAACUGAUGUUGAGAUUCGCCCUUUGAACGAGGAAAAAGCAGUUCAAUCUGCUGUGGACCUUAUUGGAGAACUCUUUGUCUUCACGGUAAUAUGGAUUUAGAUGUGCAAUUUUCUAAAGCUGUCAAUGAGACCAGUCCCAAUAAAGACAUCACAUUCUAACUCUGGAAGCUAUAUCUUGGUGAAUGGCAACACCCUCAUGGAAAUCUAAAGCACCAGUACAAGCCUUCAAAACGAAGAAUCAGAGAUGGGUUAGUGAUAGAAUUGAAUGUUGAUUGAGCCAAGCUACAUUGGUGGAAGAAAGAGUACGAAUUGAUGAGAUGGGCAGUGAUGGAAUGAUGAUGUUGUUGGAGUCCUGAGACAAUCAAACGGGCAUGGAUUUGAAGCAGAGGGUUCAAGUGUUUGCAUGAACGAAGAAGGUGAUGGUAAUAGCUGUGGUGGUGGCAAUGUUGUGGAAUAUUAUUGGGGGAUGAAGAUGGAGUUUGAGAAAUUGCAGAGGCAUGGGCAUGAGGAAUAGUGCAAGCAGGAGAACCUUUAAUGGCUAGCAAAGUUGAAAACAAAGAAGGAAGUAACACAUUCAUGCCUGAAUUUAGAGGGAGCAGGUCUACCCCACGUGGAAAGUUUUUUGGUUUAUCUUGAGGAUUUCAUGUUAAACAAACAGCAACAGUUUUUUUUUUAUUAUUAAUUAUUUAUUUUUGUAUAGGAACUACCUCUGAUGUUGGAGUUCCAUCUCACAUAGUUUUAUACAAAUUUUUGAGGUCUUGAGGUUAAUUUGUGCGACCAUUCUCUUGUAUUUAAGCAUGCUUUGUAAUUUAGAACUUCUUUUA